AGUUCCCAAUAUAACUCACACAAACUCAGAAACUUUUGAUGUUGAUAUAAUAAGAUUAUAACGUUAAUAUAAUAACAAACAUUAUGGAGGCCAUUCUACUUUAUUUGGUAGGGGUGGUAUUUCGAGAAUGACAUUAUUUGGGUUUUAUAUACAGUCAGAAAGAAUUCAGAAAGUCAUUUCUUCAGUUUUUCAGUAAGAUAAUUAUUAGUAUAUUAAUAUACAUAUUCGAAGGGCAUUGUACUGUCCUCUAUUACCAUCUAUUGACAACUUUAGCAACUACAUUAAACAUUUUUUAUUGAAUUGAUCAAAUUUAGUUUGAAGUAAGGUUAUGUGUCAAUUCCUUUAAACAUUUGAUAAAAAAAUAAAAGUGAUUUAGAAAUGGAAAAUGAAUGUUCUCAUUCUUGUUCUUGGAAACUGUUUGGAAAUUGGAUUGAUAUCACCCCAAAAUUUCAAGAAGCAGUAAAAGACUUAAAACUUGGUCAACUCCUUCAUGAUGAUCUAUUUGGACUUUUUGACGCAAUGACUGCAAUUGAGAUGAUGGAUCCAAAAAUGGAUGCUGGAAUGUUGUGCAAUAGAGGAAUUAGAAAAAUUGUAUCAUUUGAUCAAGCUGUACAGGAUAAUAUCUUAAAGCUAGAAGGAUUUAGUUAUAAGGAAAUAAUAGGUAUAAUAGAUAGCACCUUUGCUUGUUUGGUUUCAUGGUUGGAAGGUCAUUCAUUGGCUCAAACUGUUUUUAUUAACCUUUAUUUACACAAGCCUUAUAUGAUAGGAGACAGGACACUGAAAGCUUUUUGUUUGGCAAUGUAUAAAUUACUAGAGGUUAUCAAGGAUUUGGUUCAUAAUGGGAUGGUAUAUGAAGAGGAAGAUUUCCAACCCAUGCAAUAUGGUUAUCAUCUAAAUCCAGAUAUUUCUGAACAACGAAUGAUUGGCAUGCUUCGAGAAGUUGAAGAAGAUCUUCAUAGGAAAACUAGAAGUCAACCAAAUCAUGAAAUUCAUGCAGUUUUUGGAAGAAUUAAAUUUUUAAGAAUAUUUCUGCAAGUGCUAAUAUCUUGUUUUAGGAAGGAGGAUCAACCUCCAAUUUCAGAAUCUCAUAGAUUAUUGAACAGUUGUCUUGAUAUGCUAUAUAUAAUACAAAACACUGUAGGACUGGGAAUAAAAAGUGAAGAUCCUGAAAAUGAAUAUAUACUGGGAUUUGAACCUUCUAUAAACCACCGACUGUUGCCUCCAACUUUUCCUAGAUAUACUAAAAUUAAAUCAAGACAUGAAGCUAUUACUUAUUUCAUUGAAAUGGCUGAGAGAUUUAAAAUAGUUAGUAAAAUUCAGCUGAUUACCUCAUUACAUCAGGCAUUGGAUUUCUUUAUUGAUUUCAGUAAAUCUAGCCCCUGUAUACUAUCAAGAUCUGCAUUGCAGCUGAUGUAUUCGCGUUCUUUCCCCGCCAAUUUAAAAGACAUAUUACGGGAAUCUGUAAAGAGUUUCAUUUGUCCUCCAGCAUUAUUAUCAAAGACUCUAUUGAACAACCCAGAGGCAAAACAUUAUGUCGAUACAUUUUUGUCCCAUUGUUCAAGGCCAUUUAUAAAUUUUUUGCAACUGUGUGGACAUAAUAGAGCAAGGCAAAGAGAUAAAUUAGCACAUAUUUUGGAAGAAUUCACAUCCUUACAGGAUGAGGCCGAGAGGGUAGAUGCGUACUUACACAAUCUGUCAGUUAAUUCCUCUUUGUCUAGGCCACAUAUAGCAUGUUUUGGAACCUGGAUUUUGUAUCACACAUUAAGAAUAAUGAUUAUGUACCUGCUGGCUGGAUUUGAAUUGGAAUUAUAUAGCGUACACGAAUUUUAUUAUAUCUACUGGUAUUUGUACGAAUUUCUGUAUGGAUGGCUUAUAUCAGCCUUAUCAAGAGCAGAUAGCUUCCUAGUUGAAAACGAGCUUCUAAAUGAACUUCACAAAAAUAAAGGAACUUCUAAGAAGAAACCUAAAUAUAAAAAGAAAGCUAGACCAUAUAAUAAAGAUAUAAUUUACCUACAAGCGCUGCAGAACAUGUGUGGAGGCUACUACAAGGCCUUAAUGGGAUUUCGUCUAGAAGGAAAGUUGACGAUGCCACAUCCUCGAUUCGACAGUGAGCAAAUACGCUACGAGCACAGGUUUGCUCCGUUCCAAAACCUUUUGACGCCACCACCAGUUGUGUACUCGGAAUUUAGAGAAAUGACAUCAUUCGAGAGAUUCCAACAACAACCUGUUGAUAGUGUUUUUUUGUAUAUAGCAGGUUGUAAACAUUUCCAUCAAGCUCGACAAUUAUUAGAAAGUAUAAUACCCGAUAACGAAAUUACAGAUUUACUAACAAUAUGUAAAACGAAUUUUAUUGUAUUAAAACUUUUAGCAGGGGGGCAUAAGAAAGAUUCUUUGAAACAACCAGAAUUUGAUUUUUCUAGAAGUAAAUAUUUUUCUAUAAUAAAAAUCAGUUAA